GAGCUGACCCAGAAAAGUAACUCCGGUGACGGUGACACGUACUAGAAACUCAUCUCGCUCGCUCCACAGUGCACUAAUUCGAUGAAAUACAUGUAUUUGGAGCAUCGCCUUUGGAAGUAAAGACGGACAUCUAAUACCAGAAGCAGAACUCAAUAGAACUUCAGAGCAAGGACAAUUAGCUGGGUGACAGAGAAGCCAUGGCAGACCACAUGAUGAUGCCCAUGUCCCACGGCCCUGCAACGGCCCUCCACGGCUACAGGAUGGGGGGUAUGGGCGGCCCUCCUCAGCAAUCUGUGCCCCAGCCUGGCCUCCGCACCCUCCCCAACGGCCAGGUCAUGCACUACGGCAGGGUGCCGCAGACCUCCAUGGAGGCCGCCAUGAGGCAGCGGCCCGGACUGGGGAUGGUGGGGCCGGCUGGGAUGAACGGUCAGGUGAACAGCCAGGUCAAUGGGGCUCAGAUGGGAGGACACCACCACCAGAUGAACCAUAUGAUGUAUAACCAACAACAACAGCAUCAACAACAACAGCAACAUCAACAACAACAGCAGCAGCACCACAUGCAACAGCCCCAGCACCCUCAGCAACAGUACCACCCCAGUGGGCUCACCUCCCAGCAGCUCAUGGCCUCCAUGCACCUCCAGAAACUCAACACCCAAUACCACGGACAUCCACUGGGGCCAGUCCAGGGCCAUCACAUGGCCAACGGGGCCCAGUACAGAGUAGGGCCGGGUCAGCUGGCCAGCAUGCAGCACAUGGGUCAGGGUGGGCCAGGUAUGGUGCUGGGACAGAAUAUGGACAUAGACCUCAUAGAUGAGGAGGUUCUGACAGCACUGGUGUUGGAGCUGGGUCUGGACCGGGUUCAGGAGCUCCCAGAACUGUUCCUGUGUCAGAACGAGUUUGACUUCAUUCCUGACUUUGUUUCUAUGAAACAGCAGCCGAGCACCGUGAGCUGCUGAGAGAUACACAACCGCCAGAUGAAGAAAGACGCUGUAAAAACAGGCCCGGCGCCCAGAGAAAGACUGAACCACAAACUAGACUAGCUAUAGCAGCACAUACAAGAGGAGACAGACUCUCUCUCUGUUCUAUCUGUGUGAGUUUAGGCUAUCUGUCUGUGACCAUGUAUAUUAGGCCUACAGAACACACCUGUGAAUAGUAGGCCUACCUGUUUUUAAGAUUAAUUGUAAGGACAGAAAGAGAGGAGAAAAAAACAAAAGCUUGCUCUGCAUCAGGCUGGCAUGAGAUCUGAGCUCAGUCAGCCCAGCCACAGGUUGGCGCUCUCUCUGACGCAGUGGCCUCUGUCUAAUCUGUACUGCCUUCCAUCCUGCCUCUGGGCUGCCACCCAUGUCAUAGUGUCACUGUGUGUGCUGAGUUCUGUGGGAUGAUUGUAGACUCAUUCAGCAGGACAGGAAGACGAGACAGACAAGCUGAGACAAUACAAAGAAAGACUAUCUUGCUUCACCUGGGACUACUAGAUUCAAUCUAUGGCUUAUAGAAAUGUAUUUAUUUAUGAAUUCACCCCACCAAGUAGUUAGCGGACAUUUGACAAAUUGAGUUGUUAAAGAAGUUGGUGGUCUGAUUAUGAAUUAGAUUGCUGGGGAAAGAGUUGUUCAAAAAAGAUGCCUAACUAUAUUGUGUGUAUGUUGAAGGCUGGUUCUUCAAAACAGGCUUGGAGGAUUUCUUCCUCGUUACCUUAACAUUUCCUUUAGUAAGAGCCUGGGGUUAGUCUCUGAUUGGUUGGGAGUUAACUGUGUUAGCCUGGGGAUCUGGUUCCUCUUCCUAACAUCAUCUGAUGACAUCAUCAGAACAACAUUCUAUUUAUCAUUAGGCUGCAGUUAUACGAAGCAAUUUUCACGCCAACUUUGGUAGCAUGCAACUGAGUUGCUUCUUGAUCGCUUCGUGAAACACCUCCUGCAAUUAAUAAGCAACUCAGUUGUAUCCAGUUGCAACGUUUCAACUUUUUCUACUUGUUGCAAGCAACAGCCAAUCAAAACAAAUGCUUUUGUCACAUGAUCCAUUCGAAAGGUUCAGAACUUUGAGCCACUCGUCAUGUCAACAACACAUCUGUCAGUGCUGCGGGAACUGUGAUCAAGGUAGACAGAAGAGACAUUUGCCAAAUGGUAGCGGUAUAAUUAGAUAUUGGCAUCAGGGCUAGUUUAGGUUUAUGUACAUGCUUUGGCAGUCAAUACCAUGUAAUUUUUGAAGUGAACCCAGACCUCUCUGACACGUUUCAACUGAUAUUUUGUUCCGCGUGAACUGCACUAGCUCGCUAAGUUAGGUAGCUUAGUUUGUUGCUAGCUUGAUAAAACAGUGCUGGCAAUUUCAUUUUGGCUAGCUAAUUAAAAUGUACUGCCAGCAUUUUGGCUAAAUCAAUCUUUAUACAAUAAGCAACUGGUUGGAUAAACUAAUAAUUUAUGAAAUCAAGAUGUAAUGCAGCAGCUGACAUUGGGUGAGUUUAGAAUUCUCAAACCAUAUUGAAUCACAAAACAAAAGCAGCUUCAAUUUGAUUGGCUGUUGCAUACCAUUUAAAUUGCAUUUGAGUUGCUUUGUGUAUCAGCCAAGUUGCUUGAAAUGAUGUCUCUUGCAACCUGCAACUGCAAAUAAAGUUGUGUGAAAGUUGCUUGGUGUAACUCCACCUUAAAAACGUACGUUUCCUUGAAUAUUACAUGUCCUCAGUUUAAUCACUGGCAAAGUAGUGCAGCACAUACACAGUAACAUCUCUAUAGUAAGAGAAAUACAAACACACCAUGCCUGUCUUAAAAUACUGCUCUGAACACUAAGGGUCAGCUUCUACAGUCAAACAGCUAGAUGCUCUGUUUCAGUAGAGUCUUAAUGACUACUUUAUAUUGUGUCUCUACUGGUGGGCCGAGGGAAUACACUGGAUAGUAUUUAAGGAACAACACACAUAACAUAACGGUGGACUAUUUUCUGUACAUGUCUGUGACUGGCACAGAAAGAAAGGCAGGGGGGAAACCAGUACCUCUCAGUCUCAGGUCAUUCCCUGAGUCAUAGAGCUCACUUUAGACUUUUAACAACAUUUUGACCAUUAAAAGACAUGAACACAAAGUGUUAGACUGUGAGAAGUACAUUCAUCUAGCGCUGUAGCUGGGGGGAAUCCUAACCUCCACUGAAUAUUUACUUAGCCAUGCAUUGAUGUCAAUGGGAGACCAAGUGAACAUUUGAUCUAAGUAGAAGUUAGGAUUUGCCCAUCUGUGCGUGAACAUCUUGUGUGUGCAGCUUGCAAGGUUCUUCUUUAAUGGGAAGUGACUGAGUUUGGUCCUCGGACUUAAGCUUGGCCAAUGUGCUGACUGGGUAUGAAGACCUGUACAGUGGAGGCUGCUUCAACUGCCUUGAACUGUGGACAACGUUCAUUAGUCCAGUCUGUGGACACAGCAUAGUGCUAGGCACUACUCCGGCAGUACUUGGUUUGUUUAAUCGUUGUUUAAAGCUGCCUCUCUUUACCUGUGGCAUUGAUUUCAUUACCGAAGUGGGCCAAACCCAACAGGGCAGAGCAACACAGACAUGCACGCACUCACACACAGGUUGGUUGCUGUUUCCAUAGAUUUGCUUACUCGGCUGGUUCUCCUGUUUAGAUUUAAUGACCAGUUCACACACGCUUGUCUUAAUUGAGGUCAUCCAGCAUGACAGCCCCAAUGACUUGGUAAUUAGAAAACUUGGCACUCAAAAGUAGUGUGCUCUAUAUAGGGAAUAAGGUGCCAUUUCGGACACACCCAUGGUAAUUAGAAAAUGGUAUUUUUCUGUGGUGGUGCAGUGUUCUUUCCCCCUGGCCCCUGUGCAUAAUGAUGUUUUUGCAAGGUUACUGCUCCAGUGACUAGUACGAGAACUUCCUGUCCUGUUCUGUUGUUGAGUUAUUUGUGGAGAUGUCAGAACAGAGAGGUUGGAGGAGCAGUGAGUGGUUGAAGAGGGGAUUGGGGGAAGGGGAAAGCUUCCCUCUGUAAUGCAUUGUGGUAAUCUGUUCCAAUACCAGAGCUACACUCACUGGUGUCUCAGCUCUUUUUCUAGCCUGGAAUCCAAAGGGAACAUCGCUGUAUUUCACGAUUGUUUCACUUCACUGAAUCAGUUAAAUAAAAUGCAUAUAUUCCGUUUGGAUUCCAGGCUACUCUUAACCCCCUCUCUCUCCUGGAGAUCUGCCAUAUUGCUGAGCUCUGAGCACAAACAAACAAUGGACAACAGAAAUUACACUCAUCGUGGCAAAGGCCAACCAUGGACAUGCACUGGGGCCGAUCCAGGGCCAACACCUGGCCAACGGGGCCUAGUACAGAGUAGGACCAGGCCAGCUGGCCAGCAUGCAGCACAUGGGUCAGGGUGGCCCAGGUAUGGUGCUGGGACAGAAUAUGGACAUAAUUACCAUAUCUAGAAAUUUCCUGUGGUCGGUUUAUCUGUUACCAGGCUAUUUAUGGCUAUCUUGGUCUUAUAUCUGUCUAGAUCUGGGACCAGGCUUUUUAGGGCAGGUUCACAACCCCUCAUGAAAAAGUAAUCCAUUACAAUCUGAAAAUAACAUAUUUUUGUUUGUCUUUUAAGCCUUAGAGAGAUAGUAGCCUCUCAAAGUCAUUUGAUCACAACUAUAUCAAUAAUAUUUCAGCCUUCUUGUGUAUGGUGUCUAUGUACUGUAGAAUAGAGGUAAAGUUGACAUAAUUAAGGUACGAUUCAAAAAUCAUUGUCAGAUAUAAUUGUUAUUAAAGGCUGAUGUUGAUGUGUUUAAUGACAAGAGAUGAGGGUUUAUCAUCCAUUUGACAAACAGGAGUGUUGAUAUAAAUAGGUUUCCUGGUAAAACCAGACUGAAUGCUGGGCUUACCAUUAAGUGCAGCAUUCAGUCUGGUUUACCCAGGCUAACAAACAGUCACAUUAUAAUAAGGGUUUGGGUACAGCACAGGCCUGAAGCUUUAAGACCUAGUAGACUGCAUGUGAACAUUGUGAAAAGAGAUGUGAUGUCACCACUUUUCCACACAUCCGCUGAGAAUGUACAGCAGAACGGAAUGCAAUGUGGGAGCUGGAGUCUUAAGAUGGUGGAUACAUUUGUGAGAUUGUAUUGUAAAAUCCUUGUUCCAAAUUGCUCCACUUCAUUUAGGGGUAACCCCCCACCUCCCAACCCCCAAAGGCUUUUUUAAUGUUAUUGAUUCUAUUUUAAGAAAAUGUAUUUAUUUUCAACAACAAUAAAAUAUUUAUUUAAAGAACUA